AUGGAGGACAAUUACGCCGUAUGCUCCGUGGUAGGGAGCAUUUUACGAGCGUCUUAUGAAGUCAGUCAAGUACACUCUAUACAGAGUAUUGCAAAAGACAAAAUUCCAACAACGGAAGAAUUGGAAACCCUGUUAGUAGAAAUAGAGAGAAAUCUUAACAGUCGACCUCUCAUAUACCAAGAAGAAGGCCCCGAUAACUUUGUUACCUUGCCACCAAUAGACUUUAUCCAGCGUGACAUGAUAAUAACAUAUCCAUUUAAAUUCAGCAGAGAAGAGGAAGAUGAUGAAACGUAUCUACCACCCCAAGAAGCAGUAUUACUACGCACGCGAAAGGAAGUGCAGGAUGCCCUUGCAUCAAGUCACAAACUGACAGAGCAUUACUGGAACAUUUGGAGCCGAGAAUACUUGAAAAGUCUCCGAGAAACUCACAAACUCAAUAUAAAUGACAAACGAGGCACUCGAAUAAACCCAACCAUAGGGACGGUGGUACUAAUUCAUGAUCCAGCUUUGCCACGAAACGCGUGGAAAAUGGCGCGCAUCAUCGACUUGAAUCAGACAGAAACGGGUGCAAUCCGAGAAGCACAACUCAAGUUACCGUGUGGACAUAUCGCAAGAAGACCAAUUAACUUGCUAAUUCCACUUGAGCUGAAAGACAGCCCGGCAGAGAAACGGUCCGACACAAAUGGUGAAAAGGAGUCGGAAACGGGAAGUAUUCCCAAAACCGGAAUGAAAAACUCCACUCGGCCCAAACCAAAGAGGUAG